ACCUGUUGACGGGGAGGAGACGGGACUUCCUUUGGCACCAGGGUUUUUGCCCCGAGGCUGCUUCUACAGCAUCUUUAGGAAAUUGUCUUUCUCCAAGUUUUCCACAUCCACCUCUCGGAAUGAUCCACGAACAGAUUCAAAGAACAGCCGGUGGAUUUCUCCGUGAAGAUGAAUAUCUUCUUACACUUCAGAAGUUGUUCCAGAGACUACGGGGGCAUUAUGUCGGCUCUGGGCUCGGAUUCCUGGUGGAAGAAGACCCUGUACAUCACCGGGGGGGCCCUGCUGGCUGCUGCAGCCUACCUACUGCAUGAACUGCUCGCCAUCAGGAAGGAGCAGGAGUUGGACUCUAAAGACGCCAUCAUCCUCCAUCAGUUCUCCAGGCCAAAGAACGGCGUGCCCAGCCUCUCACCUUUCUGCCUCAAAAUAGAGACAUACCUGCGCAUGGUGGACCUGCCCUACCAGAACUACUUUGAUGGGAAGCUGUCGCCGCAGGGUAAGAUGCCGUGGAUCGAGUACAACCACCAGCAGGCUUCAGGGUCAGAGUUCAUCGUGGACUUCCUGGAGGAGAUGCUGGGUGUCAACCUCAACAUUAACCUCACCCCGCAGGAGAGAGCCGUGUCCCGAGCUGUCACCAAAAUGGUGGAGGAACACCUGUACUGGACGAUAGCCUACUGUCAGUGGGUGGACAACCUGGAGGAAACUCAGAAGCUUCUAGCGAUGAGCGGCCCCCUGAGCGACACACUCAAGUGGCUGCUGAGCCACCUGAACAGCAGCAUGGUGCGCAGGGAGAUGUACGGCCAUGGCAUCGGACGCUUCUCUAAGGAGGAGGUCUACGCACUGAUGGAGAAGGACAUGAGGACGCUGGCCACCCUGUUGGGAGAUAAGAAGUACUUUAUGGGCUCUAAGAUGUCGACAUUAGAUGCUACAGUGUUUGGACAUCUAGCCCAGGCUAUGUGGACUCUGCCCGGGACACGACCAGAGCAGCUCAUCAAAGGGGAGUUGAUCAACCUGGCCAUGUUCUGCGAGAGGAUGCGGAGGAGGUUCUGGCCCGAGUGGUUUGUGGAGGUGGAGGAUCUUUAUUUUGACGGAGACACUGAGAGCAGCAGCGGUGGCGUCUCCCCUACAGCCCUGCUGGACUUUGGCCUCUUCUCCAGGACUGACACUCUGGAAGACAGCGACGCCAGCAGCCAGUUAGCCGAACACAUACACACGCACACACACUCUCCUGACUCUGACCACUCGCUCUUUGAUUCGGACGUGGGCACGGGAUCUGACAAUGACAUUCAGCUUAAGGAGGAGUUCAUUCCCGACCUGGAAGUUUGACCUGAAGAUGGCCGUGAUUGGCUGACUGACUGACAGGAGACGAGGACUGCGUCGGUUAGUUUGAAAAUCUGGACAGGUUGCCAGACUCUCACGGCUGAAGAAACCUUUCCAGCUCCUCCACCUCUAAUACCCAAAACUAUAUACCUUACUGAUGGACACACUGGGUAUUAACAUGCAGAGCAUACAAACUGAACCUCAUAACACUCAUGCUAUUGUAUGUUUUGCCCCCUCCUGUAACAUCAGAACUGUCCCUGCGGCAGUUUCUCUUUGCCUUAUUUGUCUCGUCUUAAGAUACAGAAGCUGGUCCAAAAGGUUAACAAAAAGGAAACAUCUCAUCUUGUGAAAAGUGCGGCAGCGACAGAAGAGCGGUGCAGGCAAGACAGGUGGCACUUCACUUGCUAUCACACGAUGCAACUAAUCACCACUCCGCCACGUGUCUUAACGCACAAACCCAUUGGAACAGGUGGAGAUUGAUCAUGUGGCUGAAAGGAACAGCUGCCGUCUCUCGGCUGUUAACCAUCCGUGUACUGGAGAGGAAACACAGAUGAGGGCCAGUCCAUGAUCUAGAUCGUUUCUCGUGUCAUUUCCUUUACGUUUAAAUGUAUGUGGGAAGAAGCUGUAUCAAAACACUGGAUGCACUCGUUGUCCUAUGGAAUAGAAGUCAGAAUGAAAGAGGAGCAGAUUGGUGCCUGUUUCAUUUAACGGGUAUUAUCCCUUUUUCUCUCCAUUUAGUAAUUAUUUGUUUGCACUUUGUUAUUACGGAAGUUUCGAUCAUUGAUUUUAACAUCUCUUUGGUUUCAUUAAAGCGCUGCGAUUGGUAUAUUUGACCACUAGAUGGAGACAGCAGUCAGCCUGAUGUUUAUUCUGUUACAUUAAGGUCAUUCUAUGCUGGGAACCUGCAACACAGCAAAUCAUUUCUCAUGAAGUCCUAAACCUUAAUAUGGUGGUUCCCAUUCACAGGUGUCGGUCUGUGUGCAGGUGUAAUGUUUAUGCAUACUUACAAAUCAGCCUUAGUUCUUUCAGACUAAAGAAAUGGGUCAAAUCAGUUUUUGUUGUGAUAUAAUUUAUUAUCAGUGCCACUUUAUUUUGUAUUAUUAUUUCUAUAUGAUCUAAUGUGUCAAAUAUAUAUAUUUUGUUAAUCUUUGUUUUUUCUCUCAAAGAGAGAUGUUAUUUUGCACUAGUGGAAAUGUAUUUUCACCUUAUUUCAAUGGGAGCAAUCUGCAGUGGAGGUAAAGAACAGUGUCGGCCAGAUGAAUGGAAACAUAAAUGUGUAUUUCUGUAGUACAGGACGCUGAGUGUUCGGAUCAUGAUUGUGUACGUGAGUUUAACCGGGUGUGAAUGUCAGUUGAUGAACUCUUUGCAGAGACAGUCAGAAUACCAAAUCAACAGAACUUAACAUCGCUAGUUGAUAACCCUCGUCUAUAAAAUGGACUGAAACGUCUUGGGAAGGGUUUCGCUUUUGUCUGUCACGUUAAGCUUGGUCGACGUGCUUUUAAUGGCAAUAUGAUUACUGUAAAAAGAUUGUGGUGCAUAUAGAGUAGAUGUGACUUAACUUUAAAAGGGUCAGUUCACCCAAAUUACAAAAUACUUUCUUACUUAAAGCUGUUGAGCCAUGCAGAUAGUUUUGUUUUUAUUUCUCCAGGUUUUGUCUGUAGGAUUUCUGCCAGAAUCCAGGCCGACGAUAAUCCAAUCAAUCUAUUCGUUGAUUAGUCGACAGAAAAUGAAUUGAUAAUGAUUUUUUGUGCAAAAAUUACACAAAUGUCAUUGUUCCACCUUCUCAAAUGUGAGGAUAUACUUUUCUUUACAUUUUUAAUCUAUUUUAAAUGAUGUUGAGGUUUCUGCAUUUAGUACUUUUAAUACUUAAAAACAAUUCUGAUUGUACUUAUAUACUUUUACUUAAAGGGGACAUAUUCAUUCUCAUUUUCAGGUUCAUAAUUGUAUUUUGGUUUCCUACUAGAACGUGUUUACAUGCUUUAAUGUUCAAAAACACAUUAUCUUUCUUAAACGGUCUCUGAACAUACCUGUGUUCAGCCUCUGUGAGAAACGCUCCGUUUUAGGGCCUUUCUCUGUUUAAGCCCCCCACCCUCCCAAAAAAACCCACGCUCUGAUUGGCUCGUUGAAUGUUUUCUGACCGAGGCAGCCCACAGAAAACUUACUGGGUGUCUUAUUUCACAGUGUGUGGGUUGGUGGGCCCUCCAGAUACCCAAAUGUACGUGCACAAGCACGGAAAGAGUGAGUUUUUCCGGACAUGUCCCCUUUAAGUAACAAUUUCAAUGCAGGACUUUUACUUGUAGUGGAGUAUUUUCACAGUGUGGUAUUAGUAUCUGAAUACUUCCUCCACCACUCACUAGUUGGUGACCAUAAUGGAGCAUUUCUCUGCGUAAAAACAUGACUCCAAAUGAAAGCAUCUGUUGCUCCGUGUCUGCUAGAUGGAAGUGUUUGCUCACAAGUUUGCCAUGCCGACUUCAAAGUAAGACUGUCUGCAUGGCUAAAUACCACUUUGGGUAGAUUUUGCAGUUUGGGUGAACUUUAAAUGAGAAGCCUGGAUAGAUAGGUGAGUUAGUGACAGAAGGCCACAGUUUGAAACUUGGACUCCAGAGACAACCUUCUUCCAUCAUGUCGCCCCGUGGUUCACAUCCCGACCCCCCCCCCCCCCCCCGCCUGGAUUGUGCACUUUUCAGUCGCCUCAUCCAGUCUGGGCAUCAUAUAAAGUUGGACUGCUUUAAUCAAGCCAUAUUAAAAGUAAAUGUCUUGUUAUUGGAACCAUGUCAUACCGCUGGGGUAAUGUAAAUAUUGUAUGUGUGACAAAGCGUACCAUACUGUAUGUAGAGCUGACUGACUGAUCAAACUACCUUGGGUGUGCAGUCAUAAGCGACAGGCGCGACUGGAUGAUUUCAAUAAAGAAUAGCUGUGACAAUUUUAAACAGGCCGUCGUCGUGAGUUUA